UUCUUUGCUUUCAUUUAUACAUCAGCUCGAGGCAGUUUCUUAAUCUCCAAGCGUUUUUGUUCCAAUCAACAGCCAAUGGAUCUCAAGUCUUAUUUAAAACCAAACAGUUCCCAACAUGACAUCCGACAACAUAUAUGUGAUCAAAGCUUCUGCAUAACCACAAAGUUCAUCAAUCAAACAAGUCUUUGUCGGAGAAAAUGAAUAAGGUCCGGCAGUAUGAGACGGAGUUUGCCGUCGGAGUCGCAGCGGCUGCUUAUGUUGUCAACUCCAUCGAAAAAGAUGAAGCACGACAUAGGAUCACGAUAGAGCGAUCGAGGCAAGAUACCAUAUCUAGGGUUCGGAAUCCAGAUAGAGUUACCAGGCGAUACUCUAGCAACCAAGUCAUAACUGCAGGCCAAUCUUGCAGCAGAAAGCCAAUGGAAACUAGAAAAGCUGGUGGUUCAUCAGCUGGAGACCAAAGGUUGAAGGGAAACUAUCCCCAACGCAAUGCUUUGGAGACUAAAGCAGACGAUUGGGAGAAAGCUGAGUUGGACAAACUUAACAAACGAUAUGAGAGAAUGAAAGCAUCAAUUCUUGCAUGGGAGAAGGAAAAGAAGCUGCGAGCCAAAAUCAAGAUGGAAAGAAGAAAGAAAGAAUUGGAGAAAAAAAUGAAAAGGAGACAUCAGCUUUACGAGUUGAAAAUAUCGAGAAUCGAUGAAAUAGCAGGUGGAGCAAGAGCUCAGAUUGACGAGAAGAGAAGAAACGAGGAAUUGAAGAUCAAAGACAAAUCAAAGCAAAUGAGAGCUUCGGGAGUUGUUCCUGUUUCCUGUUUCUUUCUGAAUUACACCACACACAACAUAAAAAAAAUAUUUGUGCAUGAAGAACGUCAUGUGACAAACAUAAGAUAUAAGUCCUGUGAAUGAAAAUGUUGAUACCAACUUGAUAUGAAAUGAAGAGUUAGAUUUUAAUC